CCUAUGUGUAAUUAAUAUUUAUUAGAAUAUUCAGAUAUUAGAUGAGUACAUUGUAUGUAUUAUUUAUUUUGUUUAUAAAAUUGUUUUGUUAAUUUAUAUAUAAAAAACACACUUUACUAAUUUAGUGCCUCCGAAAAAAUCUGAAAUAAUUUCUUUAUAAGUCUUGGUAAGUCUUUAUUAAUUUAGUAUCCAUUUUUAAGUACAAAAAAAAAAAAUAAAUUGGGUUAAUUUAUCCUUACAUGGUAAUACAUAGAGGAAAAUGUAAAUUUAAAUUAAUUUACUAAUGGUUAUUUUUUGUUGAUGUACUAUUCAAAUAUAUUCCUCCCUUCCCCUCUCCCCCAUUAAAAACUAAAAUGAUUCCAUUGCGAAGGGUGAUGAUAUCUAUGAUAUCUAUGAUAUAUAUUGCUUGAUAUAAAGUAGUAUGCCAAGUGUAUACUUUAGCCUCCCAUUUGUUCAUCAUUUGUAAUAAAAAAAAUAUCUUUACAAUUUUUUUAACCAUGUUUCAAAAAAUAAACAAAAUCGAAAAUAAUGACAGUUAAUUCUGUAAACUAUUCUGUUUCUCUCCAUUAUUACCUAUGUAAACUAGGUACCUGAAUGGACAAAAAAUUACUUCCUCAAUACACUAACAGAAUCUAAAAUUCUAUAAAAAGGUUCUCUUAUUAGUCUUAAUUGGAUCAAAAUUUCUGAUAGAAGUUGUUUACAGACACAGUUGUUUGUAGACAAGAAACAAAAUAUCAAACAAAUUACACACCUUAAUAACAUAUUCCCCACACUGCUCAGAAACUACAAUAUUAUUUGUAGAUACCUAUAUGAAUUGUUUAUUUUUUAUAUUUUGAGUCUUUUUAAAUAUGUAUUACCUAAUAGUUCUUUAUAGUGAUCACCAUUUACUAUAGGUUUUAUAGGUACCUAUAUAACCGUUUAGCAAUUUAAUGUUCGAAAUUCUGCAAAAUAGUAUGAUAGGUACCUGAUUAAUAAUAAUCAUAUUAUCUAUGGUUUAGUGCAACUAGGUAAUCGUUUCAUUUUAAAAUAAACAAAUGCAGUUUUAGAGGUCUUAUGAUCCUAUUGUGAUCUGUUUCACCGGUAUUCGCUGUAGGUGCACCGCAAUUCUACAGUGGCUCUAUAUUAGGUAUCUAAAUAUGAAAUGUCGGUGUCAAUGAUUCUUAACUGGAACCAUCAUAUCAGCCAUGUCUCGCCUAUCACAUAUACCAUGGAACCUGUAUAUUAUUAUAAAAUAUUAGGUAGAUAUUCCGUCAGUUAAUAAAAAUAUUAUACUUCCUCCUAUUAUAAAUUACGAUGGCGGAAAAAAAAUCCAAAUACAAACUUUUUUACAAACCGAGUGGUGGACACGAACGUAGGUGUCAAAUCACAAACACGGGUCACGGCCAACAAUUAUCGAUUAAAGAAUUUAACGAUUAGCGCCGCCAAAAAUUUCUGUGAACGCCUGAUGAGUUCCGCAGUCCGUAGUACAAAGCUUGGCCGCCAGACCGUGUGCGAAUGACGCCACGACGGAGUCGAUCGAUGCGCAACGUCCGCGAACGGUGUACGGUCACUAUUCGGUCGGGAAAACAGCUGCUAUUGAGCGACGCCUGACGCUGAUAAGUUUCAAGAGAUAACCCGAUUCCGUACCCUUUAUUUGACCUCGCCUUGCAAUAUCAUUGCGUACGGUUUUCUCUGGGUCGUCGGCACUUGGCAAUUUAUCGCUUUCGUCUACAUUCACUGCCAUCACUGUUCCAUUUUCCCAAUUUUCAUCUGUGAAUAUUUUCUCACAGCGUCCACCGCCAUGAUGAUGAUUUCAAACUCUACGAAAUUGGUCUGUCUGUGAGUAUAAUCAUAUUAACAUUACCACCACGUUCACGUUACACGCGUACGACCUGUUCUCGUGUGUUCAGUCUGUUCACACGAAAUUUUUUCUUUUCCGUCCUCUUUCCGGGUCUCGUUUAAUCGUUUCAUAAUGUUUCUUUGUCGUGCGGUUUCCAGGAAAGGCGCCGCCCUUCAACAGCCGAACCGUUCUAUGGCCACGCUCAAACAGAUUCAGAUGCGUUUGAAGUCUGUGACGAACAUCCAGAAAAUCACGCAAUCAAUGAAGAUGGUGUCGGCGGCCAAGUAUGCGCGUGCCGAACGUGAAUUGCGCCAAGCCCGUCCCUAUGGUGAUGGCGUUAAGGUAAUGCAUAUUGUUAAAGAUAUGAAAUGUAGGUAGGUACCUAUAAUAUUCCCUUUUGGAGAGACCCUAUCAUAUUACACUUCAGUAUUAUUUAUUAGCUUAAACGUUUGUAUUCAAUAUAUAUGUCCUUAGGCAUUCUUUGAAAAGUCAGGCGCUGCUGAAGCACCAGCAGACAACAAUAAUGGCAAAGUUAUUGUUGCUAUAACAUCCGAUCGUGGUCUCUGUGGUGCAGUCCACACAAACGUGUCAAAGGCAAUCCGUAAUGAACUCAGUACUGAGUUACCAGAUACUGUACAAACACAAGUAUUCUGUGUGGGUGACAAGUCUCGUGCUCUUUUGCAGAGGUAAAUUGCAUUUAAAAAAUUAUUAAUAGGUAUAUUAUUUACAACCGGCUAAUAUUAACAUGAUCAGUCGUGAAUUUAAUGUCAGAGUAAGUGGACCAGAGUUUAAGGUGAAAUAUUUUAAAUGUUAAAAAUAUGCUUAAAUUAUUUUUUGUCAGAUUUUCCCCAAAAAUAGAGACUGCGCUGUAUUAUGUUGUAUAUAUAUUAGGAUUAGAAUAAAAAAUUUUGUGUUGGCGUCUUAGUUUAAUUUUUAAAAAUUGUUUGAUCUUUAUAAUCCUAUGGCAAUACUUAUGUUCCUAUGUAGGUGAAGUUUUCCAAUUUAAAAUACAUUGGUUUUUUUAUAUAUAUUCUGAAUUUCUUUUAUGUAUAGAGAGUAUUUCUUUAAGCAUAGAGAGUUGACAAACAUUUUUUUGUACAUAAAUGAAGUUAAGGUACUUUUUAAGGAGGGGGAAAACUUUUAAUGUAAAUUCAAAUUAAAAAUUAUCUAAAAGUCCUUAACUAUUAUGCGUUAUAUUGUACAAUCAAAUACACAGAAAUGAACCAAUCAUUGAACAAUAGUUAUAAUUGUGAGAUAUUGUUACGGGUUUGUCUAUUUACAGUUGAUUAGAGCACCAUCAUUAUUAUUUUGUUGCUAUACAAAACAUAAAUAAAACAAAUAUUUAUUUUUAUUAAAAAUGAAUGACAUUAUUUGGCAAAUAUUUGAAUUGUCUGGAAAAAGUUUUAGAUAGGUAAACCUAUCUAAAUAUUAUAAUCCAGGGGUGGCCAAACUGCGACUCUUGAGACGCAUGCAGCUUGCAUUUUAUCAUAAGAUACAAAACAUUUUUACAAAAAAAUAUAGUGUUUUUGAUAUAAUAUUUUUAAUUAUUAAAUAAUAUAUUAUUUGUUGCGUGUUCAUUUUUUUUUUUUUUUCUAUAAGUUUUUUGAAGUCAGGAUUAUACUUUUUUAGAGUAGUCCUAAACAAUUCCAUUAAAUUAUCAUCCAUUCAAAUUGAGCGAUGUUAAGUUUUUAUUAUUUUAAUUGUCGAGUAUAAAGACUCGCAAGAAUAUGUUGUUCCAAAAUUCGGCUCUUCCAUAUUUAUUAAUAUAUUGGGGGGCUCGCGAGGCUCUUCUCGCUGGCCACUCCUGUUAAUAAUCAAUACAACUCCUAUUUGUGGAAGAUAAAUGAUUUUACAUUUUUUUCUACAAAUUGAUUAGAAUUAGGUUUCAUCAACACUAUUGAACUAACCAAAAUGACAUAAAAAAGAAAUUAAAUUAAAAUUUAUAAAUUUAACAAUUGAGUUCAUAUUAUUUGUACAAUUUUUUUUUUUUUAUUUAUUAUUUAUAUUUAUUGUGACUAUUACGCUAGUGAUAAUUAAUUUUCCUAUAGUAAUUUUAUCAUCUAUAAUUAUUAUUACCUAACUAUCCAUUAUGCAGUUUGAAAUUUUGACAUACUUUUAAUGCUUAUAGAUACAUUACUUACAAUUUUAAUGUUUAUACUUCAUAAGAAAACAAAAUACAAUAUUGUUAUAACUUAACAUUUUUAGUUUAAAAAUGUGUAAUCAGAUCACAUAAAAAACUUAAGCAUAAUUAUCUGUAUUUUAAAAAUGUUUUUACAUUUACAUAACUAUCACGAUCAUUUAACGACCAUUACACUUUUAAAAAAAAUAUAUCAUCUAUAUUCUAUAUUAUUAAACAUUUCAGAUGGUAACAACAAAAUGAUAAUGGUGAUGCUCUAGUCAACUGUGAAUAAACUUUGUUUAUUAUUUCACAGUUUAUCGUGAGUGUUCUCAAUUUAAUCUAUAUGUAUUGUAGUUAUACAAAGAUAAGCGAGUAAGACUCAUGCAUUUAUAUUUAUAUUUUGAUUGAAAUUCUUAUUAGUUGAUAUAGAAUGACCCAUAUUCUGUGUUAAUGAUUUAAAAAUGCAACACGGUAAAAUCAUUGAUAUUCCGCAUAUUUUGAUGAAAUUUUAGGAAACUAUGAACAAAUUAACCAUUAUCAGUAAGAAAGUAGUAUAGAAUGCUAUAGGACAUUUAUUUAUUUUUAUCAGUAAUAUGAAAAGCAAUCAGCGUAUCUAGUGAACAGAUAGUUACAAAUUUUAGUGAUACCUUUUUAUUCAUCUUAAUAUGUACUAGAAUUUGUUCAGUUGGAUGGUCCUUUAAUUAAAAAUAAAAUUUAUUUAAACAUUUGUCUUAAUUUUUAUUGUAAUUCUGUAAAUAUAAUCUGUAUUAUAUUUAUGGAGUAACUUAAACUAUAACCAGUGGUUAAUUUUUUUCUAAAAAAUAUUGUAUUACCACUGGAUUUGAAAACAACUCUCAUUAGUGUCUAACUUCAUUAUUAUUAGUCGUUUUAUUUCAAUUUGAUGAUAAAAUAUAAAAAUAUAAUAAGAAUACACACCUUUGUAAGAAAAUUGUUUUAUUUAUUAUUUAUAAAGGUUUUAAUUUGUGAUAGGAUUCUCAUUGAUUUUAUUUUAUUCACAUAUUUCUAGGUGUUCUAGAUAUUAAUGUAUAAUUUGAAUGUACUCAUAAGUUGUAAAACAUUAUUUUACCUAAAAAAAGUUUGUUAUAACUAAUUUUUCUUUCCUCCAGUUAAUGAGGUUUUCACAGUUUACAGAAGUGGUUUAUGGUUCUAAUGCACAUCAACAAUUGAUAUGCUAUUUAUUUGUGCUAUCUGUGUCCUAUUAAAUAUUAUUGAACUAUUUUUUUCACUUAUUAUUAGAGCGCAGAUUUAAAAUUCUCUUAAAAUUUUGAAUAUAUGUUUGUAAUGUUCUCUAAAAAUAUUAUUAAAAUAUGCAAAACAAAUUUAAUCAAUAAUAAACAAAAUCAAUAACAAUAUUAAAAUAAUAAUAAAUUAAUCUUUUUAGAUCCUUGUUUCAGUGGUGUUUCAUUAAAUUAAAACACUACAGUCAUAAAAUAUAAAAAAAAAAAAAAUUAUUUUUUAAAAUUUUAUUUGACUAUGAAAACAAUACAAUUUGUUAUCACUGAACUUCAGUGACUGGAGGAAAACAUGUGAUAAUUUACGCAGUAACAGAUUAUUGUAAAUUAUUUGGACUGUAUUUAGUCUGUUGUCUGCAAAAUAAGAAUAAUUAAGGAUUAUAAAUUCCACUAACAGGACAUAUAUCAACAUCAUUUAUCGUAUUUGUAUUAUGAUAAAUAGUAAGGUAAUAAAUUUCCAUAUCUUUUCCCAGUUUUUCACAUUUGCUGAGAAAAUUAAAAAAAAAAAGACCUCUUUAAAGUACCUCUCUAGGAAAUUUCCUUUUAGAAAAAUUGCUAUUAUUAAAAGUUUGAGCAAAAUUGCUAAUAGAAAAGUUGUCCACAGAAAAAAAAAUAACUUUGUAAAACUGUGAGCUUCUUCGCUUCACUCUGAAUCUAAAAAUGCUGUUAGCAAAUGUUCUCUAAGUGUUGAAUAGUGUCAAAAAGCUUAGAUAACAGUUCUAAAUUUAUCAUUCAUUUUUUUUAAAUUAUAUAUUUUGUUUUUACAGACUUUAUUCUAAAAAUAUUGCUGUUGUGGCUAACGAGGUAGGUCGUAAACCACCCACGUUUUUGGAUGCAUCAAAAGUUGCUAAUGAAUUGGUACAGUUAAAUUUUGGCAGUGGAAAAAUUGUUUACAACAAAUUCAAGUAUGUAAUAAUUUUCAUAAUAAUGAUUUAUUAAUUAUUUUACACUAUUUCAUGAUUAUUGUUGUUUUGGUGUAAAUUUUAAUUGUAUUUAAAGGUCUGUAGUCUCCUACAAAACUGAGGAAGUGCCACUAUUGAGUGCAAAAACUAUGUUAGCUGCACCCAAACUACAGUCAUAUGACAGUAUUGAUGAAGGAGUUAUUGAAUCGUACCAAGAGUUUACAAUAGCUUCCCUAAUAUACUAUGCUAUGAAACAAUCUGCUUGCAGUGAACAAUCCUCAAGGAUGACAGCUAUGGAUAAUGCUAGCAAGAACGCCGGUAAUUACAGAUUUUUUUCAGCUAUUUUAGUGGUAUCAUUUAUAAUUUAUUCAUAAUAAUCUAAUAAACAGAUACCAAGUUUAAUAGUACAAUAUACAUAACUUGCAUAUUAAUUUUAGAAAACUUUACAAAUAUAAAGUAAAAAUUUAAAAUAAUGUUUCAAUUGUUGAAUAUAAUUUUCAUAUAUUAAUUUUAUUUAGGUGAAAUGAUAAGCAAGCUGACUUUAACAUUCAACCGUACUAGACAGGCUGUAAUCACCAGAGAAUUGAUUGAAAUUAUUUCUGGAGCGGCUGCUUUAGAGUAGAACAAAAUACAUACUAUUAUAGAGAUGGAGGACAGCAGUAGUUCACCAAUCAACCACUACUAUAUGAAACAAUAUUUAAAUUUUCAUUUUUACUUUUACGUAAAAUAUUUGAGUUCCAAUUGUAUUAUACACUUGAAAAUUUAUUGUUUUAUUUGAUAUCCUAAUAAAAAGAUCAGUGGUAUUCCAUUCAUCAAUGAGUAGACAUUUAUGUGUAAAUUAUUUGCCUGGAAUAUCAUUGAUAGUUAAU